AUGAACGAUGCUCACCGGAUUGUCGAGCGAGAGAUACUGAAGCUUGAGACCCAGAUGAGCUUGGUUUUUUGCCUGGACGGCCUUCCUUCGGAAGAAAAAGGACCCACUCAAGUGCACCGAGAGAACCUUCGCAAGAAAGUUGUUGAACGCGCCGACAAAUGUCUGCGUGAGCUCGAAGUUCGCGUGGAUAAAAAGCUUCGUGCCCGGAAAUACCAGUUCAUCGACAUCAGAAAACACAUGGACUCGGCCUUCUAUUGCGUUUAUGCGACUUUAGGUCCAGUUUACAGUACUUGGUGUCGUAUCAAAAACGACUACAACCGCAACAUACCUUCUCUCGGAAGCGCUAUCGUCUACAAAAUCAUCAAAGGGCUGGAUGAAGAAGACGCUGCGAAGUUGGCGAAGCAUUAUUUGGCACACAAUCAAGUCAUGCGCAAGAAUACUGCCCAAGAGAUGUUUGUCACUUCGCAGAAGGUUUUUGUGAACCUUUUACAGACUCCUGUGCAGAUUGGCUCACUCCCUUCGUCCUCAGCUGCUGCCAUGACCUAUGACAGUCUUCGGAAGCAGUUCGAUUGGUUUCUGGUCGAGAAAUCGACCACAUUUUUCUGGGCAUAA